UGUCAUUUAUUCUUGUUUAAUGUGCUCCUGACCACGAGGACUAUCUGAUGACUUUUACCUACGUGCCCUUAUUCCUCGUGUGUCUCAGCCAGCUGGAAGGAAUUCUGGCUUGGAAUUUCUGGUUGUUGCAGUGAUCUACGGAGCAACCUAGGGUUUUUUGUUUAUGUUUUGUUUUCUUUUGGCUGUUGUUUAGUUGGCUUCUAAAAAGGGAUCUGAUGCAAAGAGCAACUUUUAUUGUUUUCUUUUUUUUUCUUUGCCUGAGGAGCAAGUGCCAAGCCCUGAAAUCCGAUACAGAACAUGUUCCUCCUUCUGCUAAUUUUGAGCCUGGGAACGCAGCUUCAUCAGACAACAGCUUUAUUCACAGUGACAGUCCCUAAGGAUCUGUACGUAGUAGAACACGGCAGUAAUGUGACCUUGGAGUGUGAUUUUUACUCUGGAAAUUAUCUGGAAGUUGAACAUGUAACAGCCACUUUACAAAAGGUGGAAAACAACACAUCCUUGCACAGUACCACUUUGCUGAAGGAGGAGCUGAAGGGGAAGGCCUUAUUCCACUUCUCCCAAGUGCAAGUGAGCGACUCGGGGAAGUACCACUGCGUGAUUGGCUUCGGGACCACCUGGGACUACAAAUAUCUGACUCUAAAAGUCAAAGCUUCCUAUAAGAAAAUAAACACUCGAGUGGUUCAGGUCCCAAGGACAGAUGAGGUAGAGCUCACCUGCCAGGCUAAAGGUUAUCCCCUGGCAGAAGUAUCCUGGCCAAAUAUCAAUGUUUCUGCCAACACAAGCCACAUGGAGACUCCUGAUGGCCUCUACCAGGUGACUAGCGUUCUGCGCGUAAAGCCACUCCCCGGCAGAAACUUCUCCUGUGAGUUCUGGAAUGCUAAUGUGAAGGAGCUUACAUCAGCCUUCAUUGUCUCUCCAGGUCAGAUGGCACCCAGCGUCCCUUCACCUUUGUUGCUUCAUAUUUUCAUCCCUUCCUUUAUUAUUGUUUUAAUGGUCAUAGCUACAGUGAUAAUCCUAAGAAAACAACUCUGCCGAAGGCUUUAUUCAAGAAAAGGAGAUACAUGGAAACCAGUGUGGAAACGCAGUGGUCAUGUGCAUGAACUCACGGGUGACAGAAAAAGUUUGAGAACAGCUGGUACUGCGGACAGAGCUUUAAUCCAGGCUCAGAAGAUUUGAACCUGUGUCUCCAGAGCUGAGGUGAGUUGAUGAGACAUCCUCAAGAAGCUUCUGGACCUUGGAUGAGAAUCCUCUGGCCCACAGAACAUGUUUGUAAUUUUCAAAUGCCUUGUAUGACCCAGCACUUUAAUCUGGAGACUGCAACAAGACUAGUUGGCCCCUGGCCAUGGUGUGCUUAGAGGAAGUCAGGCAGCCCUCCGGCUCUCAUCUCUGCAGCCUGUGAUGGAGUGAGCACUGUUGCACUUUAGAAGAUGACCACUUUGGAUCCUGGACCCCAGUGAGUGUCCUGAGGCUCCUUCUUGCUGUCAGACUGAAGAAUUCCAAAGUAAUUUCUAGAAACAGAGAUAAGUGGAAAUUUUCAUUACAGAAGAAGACAGAUUGCCAAUAGAGUUAUUUUUAUACGUUGUUCCCUCUGUAUACCGGAAAAACCUGUCAAGAAUGUCAGAUCACAGACAAGGCUUUAUACAAAGUCAAGCCAUAAUUUACAUGUUUUAUGGCUUACUGGAAUCCUGAAUGCAUUUGAGUUGUUCUAAUGAACAGAAAGCAUGUAAGUACACAGAGUGGCCAACUACAAAUUGUGGAGAAAAGUCACUGAGAAUUUUUGUGAGGUCUAAAUCACAGAGCAUUUAUUUCGCCUGUAAUGGCACCAUGUUGACUGGUGACUUUUUGUUGUUGUUCUAAACUACAUGUUUCUUUCCAUAAAUUCUGGGUUUUUUUUUUAUUAACCUUGGAAACCAGUGAUAUACAUUUAAAAAUUUUGGCAUGCAAUUAUGCUGCAAGGAUCUCAGAUGAGUAGCAUAAUGGUCAAAGCCCCAACCAAAGGCUUAUUUCCUGGCCCUGUAUAUGACUAUUUUUUUAAGUGCCAUAUCAGAUUUUACUUUUAAGUUUUAAUAUUUAAGUACUUUUAAAAUUUUAAAAUAAUUUCAAACUUACCACAAAUUUUUAAGUAUACAAAGAUCUUUUUUUUCCUGAACCAUUCAAAAUAUCAGCACUGGCUGAGUUAGUGUGCACCUCUGACAUGAAAGAACAUUCUCCCAUGUAAUCACAAGAUAACCAUCUAUUGGGGUUUAUGACUUUAAACUUACCCUUGAGUAGUUUAGUUUCCACAUCUGUGAAACUAGCUACUCAAGGCCUUUGAUUGUUGGCACUAUUCAAAUCCCGUUGUGUGUAUGUCAAGAUGGGGUCGGGGGUGGGUAACUAGGCACAGCAGCAACAGUUUAUUCAUGUUAAAUUUUAUAUCUGUGAUGGAGCCAUGAAACUCAAGGCAUUAGUUGACCCAUGAACCAUCCAUGUGUGUGUGUGUGUGUGUGUGUGUGUGUGUGUGUGUAUAAAGGGGAUUCCUUGGUAAUCCCUUAUGUGCCAGCCGCUAUCCUUUGCUAAGUAGACAGUGCCUGGACCCUAUCAGAGCUGCAGAAUGUUUCUCCUGAAUUCUACUCCUAAGGGAUUUCCAAGGAAUUUCCAGCUAUGUUAUACCAGCAUCAGUUUCAAGUACCAUGUACGGGAUCUAUUCUACACAGAAUACCUCCUUUCUGGAACCUCACUUCUCCCUGGCAAAAUUCUAUCCACCCUUCAGAUGCUAGUUCUGCCAGUGAAUAUUUUCUGAUUUUCCCCAACUGAAUAUGAGCUCUUACUUCAGGCAGAGGAAUGUUUUCUCUGUUCCUCUCUGGAGAGCUUCUUUCUCAGUGUUAAAUUACGUGCAUUUAAGCACUUGUCCUGUUUCCAUCUUGCAAUGUAAGUUCCUGGAAAGCAGGGAAAUUGUGGGAUUUUUGUCAUUCGUGGGACAUCUUGCAUGUGAUAGACACCUCAUGCAUGAUUGGCUAUGAGAAUCAUUAUAAUAUUGAGAAUGGCUACACUUUUUAAUCUCAGUAUGAUUGGUUAAAAAGUAUAUACAUGGCCAUCUUUAAAAUAAAAGUACUAGAUGAGUUUUAAGUUAAAAAAAAGUACCUUUUACAGAGGAAGCAAAAAUGGCAUUUGGGAGAGUUUAAGGAAUUGAGAAAGAGCCUACAAACAAAAAUCACCUAUGAUCUCAUCAUCCAAGCAAAUAUAUUUUCACUUUUGCUGUCGGUAUUUGUUCUUCAUCCAGACAUGUACGGAAUUUCAGCUAUAGCUGUAACAUGUAAUCUUCUAUCCUGUUUUCAGAUUUGUCAUUGUAUCAUAAGCUCACACCUAUAUUGCUGACUGGUCUUCCUAAUUACCCUUUUUAAUGAUCUAUGAUGAUGAAAUCGAAUUGGGCCCAAACUCCACUUAACACCUGGCCACUAUACACUAUUCUUCCCUUAUCUAUGGAAGAUGCCCUGUGGAUGCCUGAAACCACAAAUAGUGCUGAUAUUUACUGCUUGUUUCCUACACAAACACAACUAUGAUGAAGUUUAAUUUAUAAAGUAGGCACAGUAAGAAAUUACAACUAAAGUACAGAACAACCAUUAUUCAGAAACACCAGAUAUCAAGAUGAAUGGAGUUCCUACAACUACAGAAUUAAAGAAACCACACUGAGACUGGUAAGAGGGAGUGCAACAGUCUGGUCCCACAUCCACAUGUGGCAGUAAAAAUUGGGAGGGAUAUCUAAGGAGUGAGAGGUCCCAGCAAUCAAGGUUUGACUACAAGAGGAUGGUGUACACAGCCCACACAGUGGGUGCACCUGGAGUACCCAGCUUGGGUGAUCAGGAAGGCUGUGCCACUGGACUCUACAGGAGGACACCUACUAUAGCAGCUCUGCCUAAUACAGCAAAACAAAAACAGGGAAGCUGCCAAAAUAAGGAGACAAAGAAACAUGGCCCAAAUGAAAGAACAGAUCAAAACUCCAGAGAAAGAACUAAACAAAAUUUAGACAAGCAAUCUAUUAGCCACAGAGUUAAAAACACUGGUUAUACGGAUGCUCAAUGAUCUCAGGAGAAGAGCAGAUGAACUCAGAGAGAACUUCAAUAGCAUAAAAAAGGUCAUGGAAACCAUGAAAAAGAACCAGUCAGAAAUGAAGAAUACACUAACUGAAAUGAAGAAUAAUGUAUAGGGAAUCAACAGUAAAAUGAAUGAAAGCAAUAUAAAAAAUACCCAAUCAGAACAACAAAGAGAAAAAAAGAAUAAAAAAAUGAGGAUAGUUUAAGGAACCUCUGGGACAACUUCAAGUAUUUCAACAUUCACAUCAUGGGGGUGCCAAAAUGAGGUUAGAGAGAACAAGAAAUUGAAAGCCUUUUUGAAAAAAUAAUGACAAAAACUUCCCUAAAAUGGUGAAGAAAAUGGACAUACAAGUCCAGAAAGCACAGAAAGUCCCAAACAAGGUGAACCUAAAAAGGCCCACACCAAGACACAUAAUUAAAAUCACAAAGGUUAAAGACAAAGAGAUAAUCUUAAAAGAGAAAAGCAGUUAGUUACCUACAAUGGAGUUCCCAUAAGGCUGUCAGCUGAUUUCUCAAAGGAAACCUUCCAUGCUAGAAAGGAUUGGCAAGAAAUAUUCAAUGUCAUGAAAAGCAGGGACGUACAGCCAAUAUUACUCUACCCAGCAAAGCUAUCAUGUAGAAUCAAAGGGCAAACAAAGAGCUUCCCAGACAAGAAAAAGCUAAAGGAGUUAGUUCAUCAUCCCCAAACCAUUAUAUAAAAUGUUAAAGGAAAUUAUUUAAGAAAAACAUGAUCAAAACUGUGAGCAAUACGUCAAUAAAUACAUAUAAAAAAACAAAAUAAGCAAAUGAGCAGAACAGAAAUAGAAUUAUAAAUACAGAAAACACUUUAAUGGUUACCAGAUGAGAGUCAGAGGAAUGGGCAAAAAGGGUGCAGGGAUAAGAAGUACAAAUUGGUAGUUACAGAAGAGUUAUGGGGGUGUAAAAUAUAGAAUAGGAAAUGGAGUAGCCAAAGAACAUACAUGCAUGACCCAUGGACCUGGACAAUAGUGUGGGAACUGCCUGAAGGGUUGGUGGGGCUGGGCGGAGGGGGGCAAAGGGGAAAAAAUUGCGAAAACCAUAAUCAACAAAAUACAAUUAAAAAGAAAGUAAAAACAACAAUUGUAUCAAUAUACUCUAAUAAAAUUUAUGUGAAUGUAGUCUCUCUUGAAAAUAUCUUACUGUUCUCAUUUUUUCGCUUAAAGGAAAUAUUUUACAUGUUUUAUUUGGCAUGUCCUAAUUUCCAGCAUCACUACUCUGAUUUGUGGGCUGUUAUUAAGUAAAAUAAGGUUACUUGAACACAAUCACUGAAAUACUGUGACAGUCAAUUUGAUAACUGAGAUGGCUACUAAGUGACAUAUCAGCAGAGAGCAAAUACAACAAAGAUACAAUGGACAAAGUAUUAAUGGAUAUGACAGGAAAUCGCAGGUCGGGGUGACAUUUUAUCACGGUACUUAAAAGGGCUCACAAUCGAAAACUUAUGAAGUGUUUAUAUCUGAAAUUUUCCAUUUAAUAUUUUCAUACCACAGUUCACUGCCGGUAACUAAAACUGUGGGAAGUGAAACCACAGAUAAGGAGGACUUUCGUAAGCCCCUAUUUUGACCAGUGGACCACAGUGGCACUUGGGAGUUCCUAAACAUUAGUGUCAUUUCAGAGUAGUGCUUAGGAAUCCCUGAAAAGUCCGGGUAUUUCCAUUUCUCCCAAUGCACAGACACCUUAGUAAAUGACUUCAAGCCCCUUUGGGGAUGGCUUGGAGGAAGACCUACCAUAAAUCUCUGUGGCAUUAUUGCAGGGUCCUUUCUCAAGGGGGUCUCAUCUUUCUCUUCAACCAGGAGCUUCAGAUCUGUGAACUGAUAAGGUCCGGGAAUUGAAAAAGCUUUGAUUCUCAGGGGUGAGAACUCAAGUAAGAUUUCUAUUCCAUAGAUCAAAUAAUGCUUUGGUAGUCUGGCCAUAUGUUUAAUUGUUAGGAUCAAUUACCACCAGAGACCCCUUUAAGUAACAAAUUCUGAUUGUCACUCUGGGAUCUCAUCUUACCUACUGAAAUCAGGAAGCCCAUCUCAAUAGCAGCAUUCCCCACUAUCGUCCUUGGCCUACAGAAAACAGCCAGCUGGAGAUAUUUAUGAUUGCUUGGCUCUCUUGGUAAUGCAUUUCCCAAUGCUUUGGUGAAAUGAAUAUUCCUUGGACAUUUUCAGAGCCUAGUGGGGUAAGGAAAGAUGCACAGGUUACACAUGAUAAAUUACUCCAUUAUCUCUACCUUUCUAACCCUUUAGAAUUCUUCCUGUACAUUAUGUCAGAGAAAUUCUGUCCAUGGAACAUCAUUGAAUGUAGCUUACAGUAGAGCACAGGUUUCAGGCAACGAAGUAAGCCAAUAGAGCCACCCCUAUCUGUUUAAGAAUACAUGUGUUUCAGCUAGCUCUUGCUGUGUAACAAAACUUAGUGGCUUACAUUUAUUAUUUGUGUUUUUAUGAUUUUAUAGCUUAAACAAUUUGUGCUGGGCUCAGCUGGUGGGAGUCAUUUUUGCUUUACAUGGGCUUGCUUAUGCAUUUGCAAUCAGUUGACAGAUUGGCUGGAGGAUGCUGGUCUUAGAUGACUCACAUGUCUUAGAGUUGGUUCGGGCUACUGGCUGAGCCAUGUGUCUCCAGGUUAGUCUAUACUUCUUCAGCAUGAAAGCUGGUCCAUACAUGGCACAAAAGAAGGCAAGCCCCAGUGUGCAAGUGCUUUUCAGGUUUCUGCUGGCAUCACAUUUGCUAAUGUCCCAUUGGCCAAAGAAAGUCAGAGAGCCAUGGGGGAACCAAAGUGGCCUGAUUCCCUGGGGACUGUUACUAUAACAAUCUGUCAUAGCAUUAAGUCCAAAACUCUAUGAAAGCUGUAUUAUAUCUAGGUUCCCUAAAUUUGGCCCCAACCCAAUGUUCUGUUCUGAGGAUAUCUAAUACCCUUAGAAUCCAUCCACGUAUCUAUGAGCUAGGUUUCUUCUAAUAUAAAUUUAAGAAAGGAGGGGGAUAAGGGAGGAAAGAAGGGGAAGGGCCUAGCUGAAGAACAAGUACAAAUGACCCAUGGACAUGGACAACUGGAAGGGGAUUGACUG